AAGGGUCAGGGCUCCAGCACACCCAGAGAGCCCAGAGAUCCCCGACCCCCGAAGGCAGGAGCAGCUUCAAGGGAAAGGGAGGACAGAGCCGGCAAGAGGAGAGAAGGAGGGGCAGCCCACCAGGCUGCGGUCCCCCCACAGAGCCGGCUCCGUUUCAGCUCCUUGAAGCCACUCAGCUGCAGAGAGAGCAGCAGCCCAGCUCCUCAGGAGAAGACUGACAGACAGACAGACAGACAGAGGUCCUGGGACUGGAAAUCCUCAGCCCCACCAACCACUUGGCUCGGACUGGCCCAGCCCCAUGGCCUUCAAUGACCUCCUGAAGCAGGUGGGCGGCGUCGGCGCUUCCAACUGAUCCAGGUCACCCUGGGUGGUCGUCCCCCUGCUGCUGAUGGCAUCCCACAAUACCCUGCAGAACUUCACUGCCGCCAUCCCUGCCCACCACUGCCGCCCACCUGCCACUGCCAACCUUAGCCAGGAUGGGGGGCUGGAGGCCUGGCUGCCCCGGGACAAGCAGGGGAAGCCUGUGGCCUGCCUCCGCUUCACCUCCCCCAAGGGGCUGCCUUUCUCCAAUGGCACAGAGGACAACGCCACCCAUGCCACGGAGCCCUGCACGGAUGGCUGGAUCUACGACAACAGCACCUUCCCUUCCACCAUCGUGACAGAGUGGGACCUUGUGUGCACCCACAGGGCCUUUCGCCAGCUGGCCCAAUCCCUGUACAUGGCAGGGGUGCUGCUGGGAGCCAUGGUGUUCGGCUACCUGGCAGACAGGCUAGGCCGCCGGAAGGUGCUGAUCUUGAACUACCUGCAGACAGCCAUUUCUGGGAUCUGCGCUGCCUACGCACCCAACUUCUCUGUCUACUGUGCCUUCCGCCUCCUGUCCGGCAUGUCUCUGGCUAGCAUUUCCAUCAACUGCAUGACACUGAAUGUGGAGUGGAUGCCCAUCCACACACGUGCCCACGUGGGCGCACUGGUUGGCUACGUCUACAGUGUGGGCCAGUUCCUCCUGGCCGGAUUGGCCUACGCUGUGCCUCACUGGCGCCACCUGCAGCUGCUAGUCUCUGUGCCUUUUUUUGCCUUCUUCAUCUACUCAUGGUUCUUCAUUGAGUCUGCCCGCUGGUACUCCUCCUCCGGGAGGCUGGAUCUCACACUGAAGGCCUUGCAGAAAGUGGCCCGGAUCAAUGGAAAGCAGGAAGAAGGAACCAAGCUCAGUAUGGAGGCACUCCGGUCCAGUCUGCAGAAGGAGCUGACCAUGAACACAAGCCAGGCCUCUGCCAUAGAGCUGCUGCGCUGCCCCGCCCUCCGGCACCUCUUCCUCUGCCUCUCCAUGCUAUGGUUUGCCACUAGCUUUGCCUACUAUGGGCUGGUCAUGGACCUGCAGGGCUUUGGAGUCAGCAUCUACCUGAUCCAGGUGAUCUUUGGUGCCGUGGACCUGCCUGCCAAGCUCGUGUGCUUCCUGGUCAUCAACUCCCUAGGUCGCCGGCCAGCACAGAUGAUCUCACUGCUGCUGGCGGGCAUCUGCAUCCUGGUGAAUGGGGUGAUACCCCAGGAGCAGACAAUUGUGCGUACCUCCCUGGCUGUGUUGGGGAAGGGCUGUUUGGCUUCUUCUUUUAACUGCAUCUUCCUGUACACUGGGGAGCUCUAUCCCACCAUGAUCCGGCAAACAGGCUUCGGAAUGGGCAGUACCAUGGCCCGAGUGGGCAGCAUCGUCAGCCCGCUGGUGAGCAUGACUUCUGAGCUUUACCCAGCCCUGCCUCUCUUUAUCUACGGGGCUGUCCCGGUGGCUGCCAGUGCUGUCACCGCCCUUCUGCCAGAGACCCUGGGCCAGCCGCUGCCCGACACCAUCCAGGACCUGGAAAACAGGAGGAAAGGGAAACUGAGGCCACAGCAGCAAGAGCAGCAGAAGCAGAUGGUCCCACUCCAGCCGUCACAGGAGAAGAAUGGACUCUGAGGACUCUAACGGGAGCGGGCUCAUGCAGGUCCGCCGGCCACCCACGCGAGGGGUGGAGAGAGGGUGUCAGCCCCCGUGCAAGGGCGAAGUUUCAGGGAAGCCCCUCCCCCAAAUGACCCCAAUCAAGACCGUGUAAUUAAAAGUCUGACCGUGA